GUUCUGACAGUAGUAGGUACAUGCGCACAAUCUCCUUCGGCGCCCGCCGGUUCUUCAGCCCCUCGCGACCCUCGGUAAACCCGUGGACUACAAGUCCCGGUAGGCUUCGGGUACUUAGUUCUGACUGCACGUGCGCACACCCCUGCCCGCCGGAAGGACCGAGGUUGGCUGUGUUUAUCUCGUUGGGGACCGAGGUGUCGGUUGGCGCGCAACGGGUUCUAGACUGCAAGCAGCGCGAGGACCCACGGCCCCGCCCCGGCCCGGCCUGGCAGGUAGCAGAGGCAGCAGGCCGUGCCGGGGGGGCAUGUUGCUGUAACCAGUGACCCAGGGGAUGUUACGGUGGACAGUGCACCUGGAGGGCGGGCCCCGCAGGGUGAACCAUGCUGCAGUGGCUGUUGGGCACCGGGUAUACUCCUUCGGGGGUUACUGCUCUGGUGAAGACUAUGAAACACUGCGUCAGAUUGAUGUGCACAUUUUCAAUGCAGUGUCCUUGCGUUGGACAAAGCUGCCCCCAGUGAGGCCUGCCAUCCGUGGGCAGGCUCCUGUGGUACCCUACAUGCGGUAUGGACACUCAACUGUCCUCAUCGACGACACGGUCUUCCUUUGGGGCGGGCGGAACGACACCGAAGGAGCCUGCAAUGUGCUAUAUGCCUUUGAUGUCAAUACUCACAAAUGGUCCACACCCCGAGUGUCAGGAACAGUUCCUGGAGCCCGGGACGGACAUUCAGCUUGUGUCCUGGGCAAGACCAUGUACAUUUUCGGGGGCUACGAGCAGCUGGCGGAUUGCUUUUCCAAUGACAUUCACAAGCUGGAUACCAGCACCAUGACAUGGACCCUUAUCUGUACAAAGGGCAGCCCUGCGCGCUGGAGGGACUUCCACUCAGCCACAAUGCUGGGCAGUCACAUGUAUGUCUUUGGGGGCCGUGCUGACCGCUUUGGGCCAUUCCAUUCCAACAACGAGAUUUACUGCAACCGCAUCCGUGUCUUUGACACCAGGACUGAGGCCUGGCUGGACUGUCCCCCCACUCCGGUGUUGCCUGAGGGCCGCCGGAGCCACUCAGCCUUUGGCUACAAUGGGGAGCUGUACAUCUUUGGUGGCUAUAAUGCAAGGCUGAACCGGCACUUCCAUGACCUCUGGAAGUUUAACCCUGUGUCCUUCACAUGGAAGAAGAUUGAACCGAAGGGGAAGGGGCCAUGUCCCCGCCGGCGCCAGUGCUGCUGUAUUGUCGGUGACAAGAUUGUUCUGUUUGGGGGUACCAGUCCAUCUCCUGAGGAAGGUCUGGGAGAUGAAUUUGACCUCAUAGAUCAUUCUGACUUACACAUUUUGGACUUUAGCCCUAGUCUGAAGACUCUGUGUAAACUGGCCGUGAUUCAGUAUAACCUGGACCAGUCCUGUUUGCCCCAUGACAUCAGGUGGGAGCUGAAUGCCAUGACCACCAACAGCAAUAUCAGUCGCCCCAUCGUCUCCUCCCAUGGGUAGGAGAAAGUUGCUGCCGCCUCCCUUCCUGAACCUGCUAUUGUGUUCACUGCCCCUUCCCAUCCCUCACCUGCCUGCCCCUUUGGACCUGGACUCGGUAUACCUCUGCGUGGAGUUGUUGGACUAGAGGUGUUUCCUGUGCUGUGAACUCAGUGGGGAGCUGUAGGGGGGAGGGCGAGUUCCCUACCCCCUUGGGCCGAGGGCCCCUUCCCUUGGUGCUCUGUCCCGUACACCUCCUUCCAACUGCUCCUGGGUCUCUGCUCUGCCCCAGGCCAGCCAGGCUCUACUGGGAAGCUAAGGAACUGGGGAUAAGGGAGAAGCAAGCAGUGUCUGAGCCUCAGGAGCUUCCCCCCACCCUUGUUUCCGCCCCCUCCCCCGCUUGAGCCAUGAGCAUCCAUUGGGAGCUGAGAGGAGUUGCAACUGUUGCCAUGAAACCUCCUUCUCCCUGAUCUGGGGAGGCGAGGACCAGCAGAUAAUCCCACCCUUCCCUGAGCUGUUGCUGUUCCCUGACGCUCCCAGCCAGCUCAGAUUUUAUAAAAAUGAAUUGAAAAUC